GUAAGACAAAUCAACAGGUAAAAGUACGCAUGUAAACCAGUGACUCUUGAGUUCUGCUCGAGCGCUGAGAAGUGAGAACCUUCUUCGCAAUCGAUGGGUUAAAGGCGCGAUCGCCCCCUGGCCCGUGCCUACAUUAAAUGGGGUGCCCUCAAAUUGGAGAGUUACAAUACAGUGAUCAGAGCUUUCAGUCAAUUCCCGGUGACUACUGCUGGCGCUGCACCCUUCUACUUCUUGUUAAAGCCUCAAGCCCAAGACACUUCAACCUGCCAACCAGGAACCAUGUUCGAUGUUUUCAGCGCUAUUGGGAAUGCAAUUGCAGACAUUACUCAGGAUGCGGUCAAAGCAGUUGGACACGUGACCGCAAGUGUGGGGGAUGCGACCGCAGCUAUUGGCCAUGCCACCGGCCUGAACCAGGCCAUGGGCCUGCUCUACACCAAGGGCCUGUCAGGUCAACGCCAGGAGCUGCUGAAGCUGCUGGUUGCUGCGUCCGCCAACGUGUAUGAGCAUGCCAACGACCAGGGCUACAAGUACGAUGAGACGCGGUUCCUGGGCAACCGCCUUCGCCGCACGGACGAGGGCAGCAAGGGCUCCGGCUAUGGCUUUGUGCGCUACGCGGUGUACCAGGUGGCGAGCGGCCCCUACGCCGGCAAGACAAUCCUGGCGUACGAGGGCACAUUCAGCAGCGACCAGAAGUGGCAGGACUUCAAGCUAAUGCUGGGCAACUUCAAGGCGACGGCCAACACCGCCGAGUCCAUAUACCACCAGGUCCGCCCCGACUUCAUCACCGGCCACUCGCUGGGCGGCUGCAUUGCCGAGGUGGUGUGCUCCAGGACCGGCUGCCGCGGUGCCGCCUUCAACGCGCCUGGGCCCUGGUCGCCUGUGGCGGAACUCAACGUGGUUGACGGGGACAAGUACAACGACGUUGAGUUUGAGAUCCACCUGGCUGUCGCGGACCCGGUGGUUAGCUUGGCCAACUCGAGCUCGGGCGGCCGCGGCCACGGCCACAUCGGCAACGAGAACAGUGGCGCCGUGCACUGGCACGAGGGUGCUGGUGUCCUCGGCACGCACGGCAUUGACUGCAUGGUGGCAGCCAUUGGCCCCCUGUGAGCGCAGCGCGAGCUACAUGAAGGCCGCAGCAGGCCGGGCCGGGCCGUGCAAUCAAUGCAGAGUGGCCGCGUGUGCGUGUGGAGUUUUGAGGCGGGAUGCAGGGGACACUGGGUACGGGGGGCGCGCACCUAGUUUUCCAUUUAUGAGGAGCGUGAUUCAUUCUGUCGUGCGUUUGUAUCGUUCUGCUCCGGGGCCGAUGUUUGCACCCAAUUCUGGUUAUCCUGUGUCGCAGCCCGUUUGAAGGCACGUGCGACUUAUUUUUCAUCAGUACCGUAUUCAUGUAUUUCCCUAUAUCUCGAGGGCGACUUUGGAUUGUGCAAGCUUGGCUCUGCCAACCGUGAACGUGCCAGAUCCGAAUUACGACAUACACACACACGCAUACACAGUCUUUGCGUUUAUUUAUCCUUGUGUUCUUUCAAACAUUCGACGAUUGUGUGAGGCACGCCACCAUGGCUUUCAUGAUGACGCCACAUGAUGUCCUGCUUGUUGGGCGCGCUCAACACGCACCGUGUGUAACACUAACCUUGC